AUAGAUAACGCACUAUGUAUUGAUGUCGUUGAACUUUUUUUGUGAUAUCCACUUUGCAAAUAAAAACCAACAUAAUCGCAUAUGACAAUACAAAGGAGGUGAAAGUCGGCUGGGAAGCACCUAGUUUCAUUCCCUAGUCCAUAGUAACUAUCUGAACUAUGCCUAGUCAGAAAGAUUGAGAAAGGAAACGAGCGGGAGAGAACCAGCUAGUACAAACUAACGGUACUCGAUGCUGAUCUUCGUUCAAGUGGUGUGUGAUAAAUCUUACUGACUAGUAUGUAAACCCAUCACGAGGCCAUUCAUGUCUCCCCAUUAUAGACCGAAAUACCUUGGCCAAUAAAUAGCGGUUCCCUAAAAAGGUAACUAAGCACUGUUUAUUCACCAUUUGUUGUUGUUACUAUAGGAACCUGACACGCAACAGGUGGAUCGACUAUUGUCCAUUCUUUKURAYCAAAGACUGGAAAUAUUGUCAAAUCGCAUAAGGAAGUUAUUAAUUAUUAAAAAGUCAGAUUUGGUCAGAUUCGGGUGAAAAACGUCUGUGUGUUACAAUAACACAAGUAAUAUUUUUUAGUCUGUGGAAACUGUAUGAUUUGAUUGUCAGUUGACUGUGACUUGUAGAGACCAGCACAGGUCACUCCAUCUCCACUCAACCCGACGGAUUGGUUCAGUGUGCAAUGCAAACCUCAAAAUUCUCGGUAACCCUCAUGCUAAUAGCAUUUGUGGGUCACUGUACGUCAGCAAAGCUACCAAAAACUGCAGCCAAAGAUCUCAAACCRAGUCACCUAAAACAUAAUCACGAACAUUCAGCUAAAAAUACGAUUAAUGAACACCUUAAACAACCAUCUGGACUUCUUGCAACAAAAAUGAAAACCAAGGAUUCAAAUGAUUUGAAAAGUAAAAAAACCUGGUCAACCGCAAAGUCAGUCAUUGUGCAACCUUUACAGCGUGAUGGUGUGGUGAGGACUCAAGUUUCCACAAACCCUUUGCUUGAUCAGCUCUAUGUACAAAGGUAUCAUGCGYUGGAGGAGGUUGACAGGAUCAACAAUAGAAUCAACUUCAUCCUACAACGCAAUGCUCAGAGAAAUAACUACGCUAACGCAGUCUCUUCUUUUAUAAAUCCCGCGUCGACAUCCGAUUCGUAUGGCGUCCAGGGCGGGUCUAUUGUACUGGGACCUGCAAAUGCUGGGUCAGUUGCAGGUGUGGAAAACGCUCAGCUACGACAGUUAGCGGUAAAAAUGGCUAAACAUCAUCACGUUAAGUCUGAUAACGCUCCUCUUGAUAUGCCGAAACCAAUGGAUGAUGSUGAGGAUACUUCSGCUAAACCAGCUCCKAAAUCURAUAAGGAAUCAGCAGAUGUUGAAGAUGAAGCAGACCUUGGCGAUCCCAGGAAGUUUGACUCAGUUUGUAGUGUACUGAAGUUAACGUUUGAACACACCAAUGGCGCCACGAUCCUGGACGACUCUCCAAAAACCAACAAUGCCCAAUUGGAUGAYGGGGCAUACGUUGCCAAUACGGGAAGCACYUCAGGAAUCGYUGCWACUAUYGGUGAUGAUGGAUAUGUAGAAAUUCCAGGCAMAUUCAACGGAAAGCCCAAAAAAGCGGCUGCUAUAUCCAUGUGGGUAAAACUUCGCAGUGUAGAYGGUAAAAACCCAUUGUUUCAAGCUUCUGAUCGAAAUGGMACAACACACUAUGACCUAUCGGUCGUAAAUGGAAGGGCGACGUGGAUUCACCGUGACGACACCGAYCAAGAGAUCUUUAAAGUAAAGGYCAGUGAUGAUUCCCUCUUUACUGUUGGAAAAUGGCAUCACAUUGUUGGUACUUACAGUUCAAAGCACAAAMAGGCCACACUUUGGCUCGAUGGRAAAGAAGUYGGCCWUCAGAAAAAUGUAAAAGGACURCUAUCACAAGACUGGUCAAAAGCUUUCGUGUUUGAAGGAAAAACGGUUGGAUUUGCAGACAAUAUCUUCAUGUUUCGUUGCCCACUUGAYAGAACCAAAGUUGUAGCAUUGUAUGUGUCAUCUUCUUCACCAAAACAUGAGAAGAAAUCUUCAAUUCCUAAACCCUAAAGCUAUUCACUGGAAAUGCUGAAGACUUGAUGGUUGUUAUGAAAAGUGUUAAAAAGCCUGAAGAKUAAAAAAAAUAGGAAGAAUGCCCACAAAAUAGAUGGAUAGAAWUCACAUGAGUAUKCAAAACAUGAGCAUGAAACMUAUGAUAAAAGAUAAGUUGAGCAACAYAAAAACAUAAAAGACCAAUUACGCUAGUAAGCAAGUGUUUUAUCUUUUUAUGAAACUGCUUCAUUAGAAAGACACAGCUCACACUAGCUUAAUGGCUUGCUUCCUCUUAUUACUCUGUAUCUGRAACUAAAGAAAACCCAGUAAUUCAAAAACAGAUGAUUAGCUGAUUCAACCAUUAUUUAGAACUGCACUGCUACAUUAUUUGAAAAUAAUUUUAUAUCAAAUAUUGCUUGCCUAGUAAAAUACACAAUUUGCAAAAAGUUCUCUGGUUCAAAUAUAACAACUGUU